UGAGGCUUCUCCAGUGCUGUGCAUAUCAGCAGGACAGGACACCACCACACUUCUUUUUGCAAGGACUAAACUAGAGUGCACACUCUCCCAAACACUUCAUUUUUUACAAAGACUGGACAAGAUAUUCUGUUUUUAGACAGUAAACCUUAUUUUACCAACUGGACAAAACAAGAGGAAGGGUUUUACAAAGCCGAGAGCUUGCUUUUCUGGAAUUGACAGGAGAAGUGGUUUAUGUGGACUGGAGCAAAGACCUAGUUUGUGAGGACCAAGUAAUGAUGGUAAAGUGCUUUACCCCAUAGGAGUAAUACAAGGGCAUUGCCUGGUCUCAAAUCUCUACUUUCCAACAUCCAACUUUUUGAAGCUAGCAUCACCUCUCUCAGAGAAGGAUUGUACUUUCCUCAAACUUGUUAUUUCUGUCUCCCACACAAGUGCUUUGUUGGUGUCGGUGAAACCCCAUCAACACCUUGUGAAUCGGGAGAGAUAAGGUGAGGAGAGCUGUCCGGUGUGCUGCUUCUCUUUCGUCACCCUCGCCGCGGGUGCCGCUGUCCUCUACUCACCCUUCUCCAAGGAGUGUGUGCACGUGUGUGAGUCGGCGUUCUGUGGCACAGGAUGCCCUCGUUAGCCGCGUUGGCCGGGGUGCUGGCGUUGCUUCUCGCCAGGCUUCAGACAGGAUGUGGCUCCCCUACUUUGGCUGGACCACUGGCAGCGGUGGAUGUGGCCAUGCCAGAGCAGGGGCUGGUGGAGGAGACCCAGGUGACACACUGUCCGUCCUGUGUACUGGCCCAGAUGAGGAGGGGUUAUGACCCGGUCCCUCCUGGAUUUGAAUCAGAAUCUGAAUCUGUGUCUUUGGCUUUGGCUCAGACUUCGGGCCAGACGGACAUGGUGGAAGCGGUGAAGCGGCACAUCCUCAACAUGCUCCACCUGAAUGCACGGCCCAACGUCACGCACCCGGUGCCGCGCGCUGCCCUGCUCAACGCCAUCAAGAAACUACACGUGGGCCGUGUGGGUGAGGACGGCAGGGUGGAGAUCCAGGAGGAGGGACCGGGGGGCGCUGGCGGUGAGUGGGCGGCGCCGCCCGAGCCGCCCUCCGAAAUCAUCACCUUUGCCGAGCCAGGCAACUCUCCAUCUGCCAUGACCUUUGACAUUUCCAAGGAGGGCAGCGAGCUCUCGGUGGUGGAGCAGGCCAACGUGUGGCUCUUCCUGAAGCUGGCCAAGGGGAAAGGGCGAGGCAAGGGAAAAGUGAACAUCCAGCUUCUGCAGCGCCGCCGGCAGAAGCUGAAAGCUCCAGGCUCUGCCUCCACCUUCGCCGAGACCCAGGGCGAGGAGGAGGAGUUGGUGUCGGAGAAGAUGGUGGACACACGGCGCAGCGGCUGGCAUACUCUCCCCGUGCCACGCAGCAUCCAGUCCCUGCUGGAUGCCGGUGGCAGAGUCCUGGACCUGCGAGUCUCCUGCCCACUGUGCACCGAGGUGGGUGCCAAACCCAUCUUGGUCCCCACCGAGGAUGAGCAACCGGGAUGUGAGCAGGAACAGUCCCACCGGCCGUUCCUCAUGGUCGUACUGCGGCCUGGCAAGGAGGAACACGCUCACCGCCGUGCCAGACGAGGCCUUGAGUGCGACGACAAGAUGCACAUGUGCUGCAAGAGGCAGUUCUAUGUCAACUUCAAGGACAUCGGCUGGAACGACUGGAUCAUCGCACCCUCGGGCUACCACGCCAACUACUGCGAGGGUGACUGCCCCAGCCAUGUAGCCAGCAUCACUGGUUCCUCGCUGUCCUUUCACUCCACUGUCAUCAACCACUACCGCAUGCGGGGCUACACGCCUUUCCAGAACAUCAAGUCAUGCUGUGUGCCCACGCGACUACGCGCCAUGUCCAUGCUCUACUACAACGAGGAGCAGAAGAUCAUCAAGAAGGACAUCCAGAACAUGAUCGUAGACGAGUGCGGCUGCUCGUAGGAGACAGUACAGAGCAGUAAAGACUCAUCCAUAAUAAGAAGGCACCAUUGGUAUGAUGGACAUAAUAUAACUGGUAUGAUGGACAAUACAUUUUUGGGGAGUUCAAUGACUGAUCUGUCUGUUUUGUCUUAUUAUCUGACAGGGUAUCGUUAAAUCGGAAUAGUCUAUGUGGCACUUUCAGAUAAAAAAAGAGAUACAUCAUAUAUUUUUGUUAAAUGGAGACUAAGAUUGGGACUACUUAUCACUGUUUAUGCGCAAUGUGAUUCCUGCUUCUCUGCACUGCAAUGAAAAUGGAACAGUUCCCUGAAGAAAAAAAACUAUGCAACUGAUGAAGUAUUACAAUGUGUUGUAUUUUUGUUAAUGUUUCUUUAUAUGUAUUUUGUUUCUUAAUUGUAUACAAAGUAGACUUUUUUAUACUUUUUUUCUCCAAA